AUGGUUCGCUCCAAUAUUGUUGGCCGUUUCUUGGCCGGACUCCUCCUUGCUUCUAGCGCGGCCGCCCAUGCCGAUGGCUGCAGCUGCUCCGCCGAUGGCGUCAAGCGCGUCACCUACAUCGUCGUCGAGAUGCCCGACCAGCCCGAGCAAGCAGCCCCCACCCCCUCCUUUUCGACACUGACCACCGUCCCGACGCCGACCUCCACGGCCACGGAAGGGUAUACCGUACAAGCCGCGCAUGUCAUCGAGGACAUCCCGGCCUACGAGCCGCUCGCCGUCAAGCCCGAGCAACUCCGUCCGGCCGUCAACACCACACACACCUUUGGCGCCUCCGUCGCGCCCGGUAUCGACACAAAGGACCCCGUCAACAUCGUCCCGGCCACAAACGUCUCGCUCUACUACGCGGCGACGGACACACAGCAGCAGGGCUCCAUCGACAUGAAGCUCGCGCUCAAGAACCCCGCCGUGGUCCUCGACCACGUCGACGCCGUCAGCAACGUCGUCUGCGGCGACGACGAGCUCACCGUCUCCUUCUCCUCCGCCGACGCCUUUGACAAGGCCGUCCAGGGCUGGUCCGAGGCCGCAAAGGACGGCUUCAUCCUCAUCACCAACCAUAUGGGCAACUGCGACGCCGAGUUCGAACGCGGCUUCUUCCUCGCCACGGGCCUGACGUCCAGCAAGGACGCCCUCGCCGUCACGGUGGCAGCAUCCAAGGAGGAGCUGACCAACAUUGCCGGCGAGUGCGAAAUGUCCUUCACCUCCCUCCCGGCCGCCUCGCUCUCGAAGCGCCUCACCCUCGACCCUUCCGUCUCCCUCAACUUCGCCCAGGGGCUCGCCAACGACACGGUGCUCUACAGCGACGGCCAAUACGUCAACAUCACCGCCGACGAGGCCUGGUUCAGCUCCACCGUCACUUUCUCCGGCUACCUUAAGUACAACUUUUGGGGCUUCAAGCUGCAGGCCCUGUACUUUGACCUCGACACCACCUUUGACUCCGCCGUCGGCCUCUCGGCCGACGUCGCCGCCGCCUACAGCCACACCCUGAAAUACGCCCCCGACGCGCUGUCCUACUCCCUCGUCUCCGUCCCCGGCGUCGUCGAGCUCGGCCCCGGUGUCGCAUUCGCCGUGGGCUUGGACUUUAAUGUAUCGGCCGCCGUGGGCGUCACGGCCGGGCUGAGCGUGUCGCUGCCGGCGGGCAACGUCCACCUCGACCUCCUCCACGGGAGCCAGUCGUCGGCGACCGGGUGGGAGCCAAAGUACAGUAGUUACGCCAACAUCACCCAGGCGGCGGACGUGCACCUCGACGCGUCGGCCGACGUCACGGUGCAGCUGGCGUUCAAGCUCCUCGGCGGGCUGGUGGACCUUACCUCGGGCAUCACGGCGACGCCCGGGUUCGACAACGUGUUUAAGCUGCGCGGCGAGCAGUACCUCGGGGUCAGCGGCAACAACGUCACGAGCAAGCCCACCGAGAUCAUUGCCGACGUGCCCAAGGACGGGUUGAUCUGCGCUGACAAGAACGGGGUCGAGUUUGCGACGGACUUCCACUUCAACUUGACCGGAUUCGCGACAAAGAUGUGGAGCGGCGAGCUGUACAGCACUCGCGUGCCGCUUUGGGAUCUGUGCUACAGCUGGUGA